UCUGUGGCUCUGGUAGCCGUCUGAUAUUGAGAAGCGGAAAUGAAGAAAUGAAUCAGAGGAAUUACAGGCGUCGAGUGGUGGUGUGGUGUCGGGCCAUUGGCUUUUCGAUGAUUGGUUAAAGUAUAUUAGAAUCAGAGAAAAUGGAGCUGCAAAUGAAGGUGGCGCAGGCGGUCCAUGUGCUCAAUCACGACACAGAAUCGUGCAACCGCGUCGCAGCCAAUCAGUGGCUGGUUCAGUUCCAGCAGACCGAGGCGGCUUGGGAGGUCGCCACCUCCAUCCUUACCUCCGAUCAUCAGCCUUUCCUCUCCGAUUUCGAAGUCGAGUUCUUCGCCGCUCAGAUUCUCAAACGGAAGAUCCAGAACGAAGGUUGUUACUUGCAGUUAGGAGUUAAAGAUGCUCUGCUUAAUGCCCUUCUUCUGGCUGCCAAAAGAUUCAGUUCUGGCCCUCCGCAGCUUUUAACCCAAAUUUGCCUUGCACUCUCUGCCCUUAUACUUCGUUCUGUUAAGCAUGGAAAACCUAUUGAGCAGCUUUUUUAUAGUCUACAAAAUCUGCGGACCCAGAAUAAUGGGAAUGCUGCUGUUCUCGAGAUGCUCACUGUUCUACCAGAAGAAGUUAUUGAUACCCAAACUACUGAUUCUAAAAUAAGUGCAUCCCACAGAAGCCAGUAUGGCCAAGAGCUUCUUUCACAUACUCCUGUGGUCAUUGAAUUCCUACUCCAGCAAUCUGAAAAUAAGUUUGAAGGUGACAUUCAACUAAAUGAAAGGAACAGAAAGAUUCUCCGUUGCUUACUCACUUCCUCCACAACCAUAAUGGCUUCGGCUACUGUUUCUGUAGCCAAACCAACCCUUCAGGCAAAUGGAAAGGGUUUUGGAGAAUUCUCAGGCCUGCGCAACUCCUCGCCUAGCCUUCCCUUUCCCAGGAAAACCUCAGAUGACUUCCUCUCGGUCGUUGCUUUUCAGACCUCUGCUUUGGGAAGCAACAAUGGCGGAUACAGGAAAGGGGUGGUAGAGGCAAAGUUAAAGGUCGCGAUAAAUGGAUUUGGUAGGAUUGGCAGGAACUUCUUGAGGUGCUGGCAUGGCCGUAAGGACUCCCCGCUUGAUGUCAUUGCCAUUAAUGACACUGGUGGUGUUAAGCAGGCUUCUCACCUUCUCAAGUAUGACUCUACCCUUGGCAUCUUUGACGCGGAUGUCAAGCCUGUCGGAGAUGAUACCAUCUCUGUUGAUGGCAAGGCCAUCAAGGUCGUUUCUAACCGUAACCCCGCCAACCUCCCGUGGAAGGACUUGGGGAUAGACUUGGUGAUCGAAGGAACUGGUGUGUUCGUCGACAGAGAUGGUGCAGGUAAGCACAUACAGGCAGGAGCCAAGAAAGUGCUCAUCACUGCCCCUGGAAAAGGUGACAUCCCGACUUAUGUUGUUGGAGUGAAUGUUGACAGCUACAACCCAGAUGAGCCCAUUAUCAGCAAUGCUUCUUGCACCACCAACUGCCUUGCUCCCUUCGUCAAGGUUCUGGACCAGAAGUUUGGUAUCAUCAAGGGCACUAUGACUACAACUCACUCAUACACUGGUGACCAGAGGCUACUUGAUGCUAGCCACCGUGACCUCAGGCGUGCUCGUGCUGCAGCUCUCAAUAUUGUUCCUACCUCAACUGGUGCAGCAAAGGCUGUGGCUCUUGUACUCCCCACUCUCAAAGGCAAACUCAAUGGCAUUGCUUUGCGUGUACCAACACCAAAUGUCUCAGUUGUCGACCUAGUCGUCCAGGUCUCAAAAAAGACCUUCGCUGAAGAGGUGAACGCUGCUUUCAGAGACAGUGCUGAGAAAGAGCUCAAUGGCAUCCUUUCUGUAUGUGAUGAACCCCUUGUUUCGGUCGACUUCAGGUGCUCUGAUGUGUCCUCAACCGUUGAUGCAUCACUCACCAUGGUCAUGGGGGAUGACAUGGUUAAGGUGAUUGCUUGGUACGACAAUGAGUGGGGUUACUCUCAAAGGGUUGUGGAUUUGGCUGACAUUGUUGCCAACCAUUGGAAACCUGUCAUUUAUGCUGUCAGCUGUGUGGCAUUUCCAUGUGAAGACUGGGAAAUUGCAGACUCAACUUUGCAAUUUUGGUCCAGUCUUGCAAGCUAUAUACUUGGUCUUGAUGUUGAUGGUACAAACAAAAAAAAUGUCGAAGGCAUGUUUUUUUCUGUAUUCUCAGCAUUACUUGAUGCUCUUUUACUACGUGCUCAGGUGAAUGAAUCUGCAUUGGAUGACAAGAGUGGAAGUUUUGACUUGCCUGAUGGUCUUCUCCAAUUCAGGAUGAAUCUUGUUGAACUUUUGGUAGAUAUAUGUCAGCUGCUACGACCUGCUCCAUUUGUGCAAAGGCUUUUUUUUGGUGGUUGGUUUUCCACAAAUAUGGCAAUAGCUUGGAAAGAGGUCGAAACCAAAUUGUUUGCCCUCAAUGUGGUUUCUGAAGUAGUCCUUCAAGAGGGCCAGGCCUUUGAUUUCUCAGUGGUUAUGCAGCUGGUUACAAUCUUAUCUUCCAGGCCUUCCGCUGAGCUCAAGGGAUUCAUGUGCAUUGUUUACAGAUCAGUUGCAGAUGUUAUUGGCUCUUAUUCCAAGUGGAUAUCUGCCCUGCAAACUAAUACUAGACCCUCACUAUUAUUUCUUGCUGCUGGGAUUUCAGAACCUCUGUCCUCAAAUGCUUGUGCCUCUGCCCUCCGUAAAUUUUGUGAAGAAGUUUCUGCUGUGAUUUAUGAGCCGUCAAAUUUGGAUAUCUUGAUGUGGAUAGGAGAGGCUUUGGAGAAGAGGUGUCUUCCUUUGGAAGAUGAAGAAGAAGUUGUUAGUGCAAUCAGUCUGGUCCUUGGCUCUGUUUCUAACAAGGAGCUACAGAACAACUUGUUGGCUAGAUUGCUAUCAUCUAGCUAUGAAGCUAUUGGGAAACUUAUAGAAGAUAAUAAUAACCAUUCUCUGAGACAAAAUCCAGCCGCUUAUACGGAAAUUUUGAGCUUUGCAACUAGAGGACUGCACAGGAUGGGAAUUGUCCUCAGUCAUCUGGCCAUGCCUUCCCUGUGUGAGCCUUCUACUGAUAAUUCCAUUCUUUCAGUACUUAAGGUUUUCUGGCCUAUGCUGGAUAAGCUUUUUAGAUCAGAACACAUGGAGAACAGUAGUUUAUCCGCUGCAGCUUGUCGUGCUCUUUCACUAGCGAUUCAAUCCUCAGGCCCGCACUUUGAAUUGCUAUUGCCCAAAAUACUAGAUUGCCUGUCGACAAACUUUUUGUCAUUUCAAAGUCAUGAAUGCUACAUUCGAACUGCUUCUGUUGUUAUUGAAGAGUUUGGUCACAAAGAGGAGUAUGGUCCUUUGUUCAUGAGCACAUUUGAACGGUUCACCCAAGCAUCGUCAGUAAUGGCCCUUAAUUCUUCAUAUGUAUGUGACCAAGAGCCUGAUCUAGUGGAGGCCUACACAAAUUUUGCAUCAACAUAUGUUCGUGGCUCUCGUAAGGAAGCAUUGGCGGCAUCUGGUCCUCUUCUAGAAAUUUCUUUUCAAAAGGCAGCUAUAUGCUGCACUGCUAUGCAUCGUGGGGCAGCUCUUGCAGCUAUGUCGUAUUUGUCUUGUUUCUUGGAGAUUGGCCUGACUUCAUUAUUGGAAUCAAUGACCUUUGCUCCUGAAGGGUCAUUUGGUGCCACGGCAAUUCAUGUCAUUUCUCAUAGUGGGGAGGGACUUGUAUCAAAUAUAGUGUAUGCUUUACUUGGUGUCUCAGCAAUGUCACGGGUUCACAAGUGUGCAACGAUAUUGCAACAAUUAGCUGCAAUUUGCUGUUUGAGCGAAAGAACAACCUGGAAGGCCAUUCUUUGUUGGGAUUUUUUGCAUUCAUGGCUACAAGCAGCGGUGCAGGCUCUUCCAGUUGAGUAUCUGAAGCUGGGAGAAGCUGAGACGCUAGUGCCAGUUUGGUUGAAGGCACUUGCUGGUGCUGCUGCAGAUUAUCUUGAGAGCAAGAGCUCCAAUGGAGGAAAGAGCGAUUAUGGGCAUAUGCAAGGGAAAGGAGGAAGAGUGCUGAAGCGAGUCAUCCGAGAGUUUGCUGAUGGUCACCGCAACAUCCCAAAUUUGACUUGACUCCCACCUGUAGAUGCUGUCAGUCAGCUUUCGACACAUAUUGCUCGAAGCCUUCCAUACUUGCUUCAAGCUCAGUUCAAAUCUGGGAGAUGGAGCUAUUACCAUCUGUUGCAUUGGCGAAACUUGUCAUCACAAUAUAAGUAACACUCGUGAGAAUCUCUUGUACAGCAUAUUGACCCAAUUUUGUUAGACCAGAAAGAAUCAGAUUAGGAUUGUUCUAUAUCUUGUGGGAGAGCAGAUAGAAAUGAGAAUACAGAGUACCUUUUUCCUUCCCUUUUGGUGCCAGAGAAUUACCUGUACUUAAAAGAAAGGACUGUUGUCAGUGAUUUCUAUUUCCUUUUUUUUUUUCCUUCCUAACAUGGCUGAAUUUUUUGUGAAAUUAAUGCAAAUAAUUUUUUAUUUACAGCACUCUUUUUUCUCCA